AGUCCAUCACCCUCCCCACCCGAUUCAUCACCCUCACCCCCUACACACCCCACCACCAGCCCCUACCCUCACCCCCAGUCCAUCACCCCACCACCAUCCUCACCCUCACCCCACCAUCCCCUCACCACCAAACCCCACCCCACC